AUGGCAGAGCCUGGGCCCGAGGCUCCGUGUCCUUCUCAAUGCGGCCACAAGAUCCGGCCAACAGGUGAUACCGAUUGGGAUUCCUAUGCCACCACGACGAAGACUGCAUUCACACCUAAGACAGGAGCAGUGCCUGCUUUAAUUCGUCAGAAAAGUACCAGAAGAUUAGGAUAUACAUAUGCACUUAGUGAUGCUAUUCCCAAUCAGACACAGUACAAUGACGAGUAUGUUUGGAAAUCAUAUUCUAAAGAAGAUUUGGUCAACAUUGGAACUUCAAGAGGAAUCAAGAACCACAAAUCUUAUUACCCCAGUCAAGACUUCUUUCACUGGACACUGCCUCAAGGUCAAUCGACAGCCUCAGUAAAGAGCUACUUCCCUUGGAAAAUCGCUGCUUCAAUGGAAGAGGUUCGGAAGGCAAUAGCAAAUCAGUUUAUUUCCCACACGAGGAGAGACUUUGUGGACACAGCAAAAGCUCAAAAGAUGAAGCAACAUUCUCAGAUGUUUCUGGAAUGGAAAAACUUCCUUCCCCGACCAGCAGACACUGAAUUUCGAUGGAAUUACCAAAUUCCAGCUAAAAUUCCUGAGCUUCAGGAUUUUAGUUUCAAAUACGGAUGCUACUCAAGCCUACCCAUUGCUUCUCAGGGUCUAGUCCCUUCCAUGCUGUACCGACACAUGAGGAAUCAAGAGCGCAGGAAGAAGCAGACCACGUACCAAAGUGAGUACGGGAAAGUCUACCUGGAUUUCUUAACAAUUUUGAGCUCAUUCACUCCCUCUCAAGUCACAGAGUACCUUCAGAGUGUUUCCUACAAAGACCGACAGAUUCUUGAUCGCUUUAUUUACUCUUACUGUGACGUUGACAAAGGGACGGAUAAAAAAAGGAAAAUAGUUCAAAUGAAGAAAAUCUGAACGUACCUAGGUUAUUUUCUCAAUAAUCAAGGAAAAAAUAAGAUCCAAAUU